GCUCAGCAAUCCGCGCCUGCGCAGUCGUUCUCAUCUUUGUUAUUUCAUGUCAGUAUGGCGCUUAGUAAGACGUUUGGACAAAAACCGGUCAAAUUCCAGCUCGAGGAGGAUGGAGACUUUUACAUGAUCGGAUCGGAGGUGGGAAACUACCUCCGUAUGUUCAGAGGCUCCCUGUACAAAAGAUACCCAUCCCUAUGGAGGAAACUGGCCUCGGUAGACGAACGGAAGAAAAUAGUGGAGUCGUCACACGAUCACGGCUACACUCAGCUGGCCACCAGUGUGACUCUGCUGAAGGCAUCAGAGGUGGAAGAGAUCCUAGAAGGAAACGAUGAGAAGUACAAAGCUGUUUCCAUCAGCACCGAACCUCCCGCCUACCUCAGGGAACAGAAGGCGAAGAGAAACAGUCAGUGGGUUCCUACGCUGCCCAACAGUUCUCAUCAUCUGGACGCUGUUCCGUGUUCUACCACCAUCAACCGAAGCCGACUGGGCCGAGACAAGAAGAGGACCUUCCCCCUGUGCUUCGACGACCACGAUCCAGCAGUGAUCCAUGAAAACGCCACUCAGUCUGAAGUUCUGGUUCCGAUUCGUCUGGACAUGGAGAUCGAAGGCCAGAAGCUCAGAGACGCUUUCACCUGGAAUAUGAACGAGAAGCUCAUGACGCCCGAGAUGUUCGCUGAGAUCCUGUGUGACGACCUGGACCUGAACCCGCUGGCCUUCGUCCCCGCCAUCGCCUCGGCCAUCCGGCAGCAGAUCGAGUCGUAUCCCACAGACAGCAUCCUGGAGGACCAGACGGACCAGAGGGUCAUCAUCAAGCUCAACAUCCAUGUGGGGAACAUCUCUCUGGUGGACCAGUUCGAGUGGGACAUGUCCGAGAGGGAGAAUUCUCCGGAGAAGUUCGCCCUGAAGCUUUGCUCCGAGCUCGGUCUGGGAGGAGAGUUCGUCACCACCAUCGCCUACAGCAUCCGAGGACAACUGAGCUGGCACCAGAGGACGUACGCUUUCAGUGAGAACCCGCUGCCCACGGUGGAGAUCGCCAUCAGGAACACAGGAGACGCCGACCAGUGGUGCCCCCUGCUGGAGACGCUGACCGACGCCGAGAUGGAGAAGAAGAUCAGAGACCAGGACAGAAACACGAGACGGAUGCGGCGGUUGGCCAACACGGCUCCUGCCUGGUAGCGGCGCCCCCUGCUGGACGAUGGAGGUACGUCACGUUCAAACAUCAGCAGCAGCUCCUCCUCCUCCUCCGUCUGCUCGGCCGGACCUCCGUCAGCAGUUUAGUUUUUAUUUUAUUCUGGGUAUUACUAUUCUGUUGUUCUGGGGGAACAUGCGGCUAGAAAACGUCCUCCUCCUGAUUUUCCGUCGACCUUCGGCUGGAGAAGCUGCUCUCUCUUUGACCACUGACUCUCUGCACCGACCGGAGGGAGAAGAAACACCGCCAGGCUCAGAUAAUAUAUUGUUUUGUUGUAUUCGUCGUCUUUUUGUACAUUUUAAUGAUUCUUACAAAAUAAAAAAACAAAAAGUGAAAGAG